UAUCAACACAAGCAAAAAAAAUCAAAUAUUCAUUUUCAUUGCCAUCUGGUGGAUAAGAAUUUGAUCGAAAAUGAAAAAAUUUUUUUUUAUAUUCGAAAAUUGUCAAUAACCGGCGGCUUUUAUUCGGAAUCAAAACAAAAAAUUAAAACAUAACAUAAAUCAUUCAAUCAUCAAUAAAUUAAUCACACACACACAUCAUGGACUGUCAUUCACUGAUAACAUUUGGCUGAAAAAAAAUCAGAUUAUAAAAAAAAAAACAAAACAAAAAAAAAAUAACCUUUUGACAGAUUUAUUUCCAUUUUUUUUUUUUGAAAGAUGUUAAUGAUCAAGAAACCAAUGGAAAAGAAAUCCAAUUCAUUUCAUUUUAUUCCAUCGUCAAUAUUCCAUCAUUUGUUUGUAAAAGUUUGUGUUUUGAAAAAAAAAAUUGAAACACAGAAAAAAAUGACUGAUAAUCGUGAAAAAGAAGAUAAUCCAAUGAAUGAUAAUUCAACAAUUGAUUUUCAUCAUCAUGAAGAUGAUGAUAAUCUCAAUGUUCGUUCAUCAAAUUCUUUCAUUCGAUCAAUUCGAUCAUUUUUGGUUACAGUAUUUCCAAUUUUUGGUUGGUUACCAUAUUGUUUUACAACCAUUUUCAAUGAUAUUAUAGCCGGAAUCUAUAUUGGUCUUUAUCAGAUUCCACAAUGUAUUGCAUAUUCAAUUAUAGCUGAAUAUCCAUUGGCACAUACAAUACAUACAAAUGUUAUUUCAUCAAUCUUGUAUGCAUUAAUUGGUGCUAAUCGUCGUUUUUCUUAUGGCACUUUUUCAUUAGUAUCAGCCACAUAUAUGGGUAUUAUUUUACGACGAAUCAAUAAUGAUUUUGAUAUGGCCGAAAAUGUUGUCAUUGUUGUUACAUUCACUAUUGGUAUUUGUUGUAUGAUGGCUGGUCUAUUGAGAAUUGGUUCAAUGGUACGUUUUAUUCCAUAUGAAAUACUAAGUGGUUUUCGUGCUGGCCUCUAUCUAUUGGUAAUUACAUUACAAAUCUGUUCAAUGGCUGGUUUUCAUCAACAAUGGACAUUGGGUGAUGGAAAAUCGAUAAUGAUUAUACCGAAUUUAUAUCGAAAUGAUUUCUAUAAAAAUCUCGUUACGAUGAAACAUAUUAACUGGAAUAGUUGGAUAGUAUCGAUUGGUUGUUUAGCAUUAUUAACAUUGUUUCGAUUAUUCCAUUAUUAUUGGCAAAAUAUAUUCAAUUAUCGUUUGAAUUGGCUACGGCAAAUUGUUUGCCGGAUACCGAUUGAAUUUAUAUUGAUUUCAAUCAGCAUUAUUGUCGUUUGUUUUGUCGAUGUGAAGAAAUAUAAAAUUUAUACAAUCGAUGGAAUUAAUUUUGGCAAUGAAACUCUAAUCGAUAUGUCGAGCAAUUUUCAUCUGGAAUGGCCACCAAUUAGUCAAUAUAUAAACCGUAUAUGGUUUGAAUGUAUUACGGCUACGUUGUUAUUCUUGAUCUAUAUGCAUUCAUUAGCCAUAGAUUUGGUUAUCAAAGAUACUGAAGAAAUUCAUCAACCAAAAUUUGCUAAACGUAAACAUCAAUUAUGGCCAAAACAAAUGAAAUUUUAUCGUUUAGGAUGGAAAACCUAUAAUAUUAAUAAUGAAUUAUUAUAUAAAGGUAUUAUUGAUUUGUUUGGAUCAUUCAUGAAAUGUUUACCAAGUGGUCCAUCAAAAAUACGUAGUGAUCGUAUGCGUAAUGUUGGUGCCUGUACACAGAUUUCCAGUUUGAUUGCUAGCACGGUAACAUUGGCCAUUUGGUUAACAUUACAAACAUUUAUUGCCAAAAUACCAAAAUGUAUUAUUGCCAGUAUUGUUGCAUUCGAUACCGUUGUUGCUUUGAUUGAAGAAAUUGGUAAUGUUAAAAAUUUUUGGAAAACAUCCAUCUUAGACAUCGUAAUUUGGACACUUACUUUUGUAUCAUUUAUUUUGCUGAAUAUUGAAAUAUCGUUAUAUUGUUCUUUGGGACUUUCAUUGAUUAUUUAUUGUUUACGAUAUAGACCAUUUGAGUCGUUUACAUUUUCCAUACAAAAAGCAUUGAUAACUAAAACAAAUUUAGUUUUACUUGUAUCCAGAAAUAUUUUACAUUCAAAAUUUGAUCAUCAUCAUCAUAAUGGUCAAGAUGAUGAUGAUGAUGAUGAUGAUGAUGAUAAUGAAUGUAAUAUAUUAAAAACAUUGCCAUCAUCAACAUUGAAAACGAUAAAUAUAUUCCAUAUAGAUAAACGAAUAUUGACAAUAGCAAAUAUCGAUAGUUUCGUACGCGAUGUUUGUCGAAAAGUUUCCGAUUCAUGCAUGUUGACAACAAAAUCAAAUGAUGAUUCAAAUUCAAUGAUUAUGAAUAGAAAAUUAAUUUUUGAUUGCAGAUCAAUAUCAUAUCUUGAUUGGCCAAGUAUACGUGCUAUAAAAGGAACAAUAAUGAGAACAAUACAGAUAUGUGAAUCAUGGCAACAAUCAAAUUUGAUCAACAAAUCAUCAUCUUCAUCGUCAGCACUCACUGUGACUACUGAUUUAUCGAAUAAUAAUGAUCAUGACCAUGAUCACGAUCAUCGUAUGAAACAAUCAUCAUCAAAACAACAACAACAACAACAUUCAUUGGUUGUUAUGUUUAUAUUUCACACACGAUUAGUACAAAUUAUUCAUAAUGCUGGUGAAUUUAGUAUACAUUUUUAUCAUUCAUUACAUCAAUCAUUGCAUAUUGGAUUGAAAGCAGCUAUUAAUAUGGCCAUUACGAUUCCAAUGACAAAUUCAAAUCGAUAUGAUACAUUGGAAACAUUACAUAAACAAUUACGUUUAAAUUCAUUAAGUGAUGAAGAAAAAAUUCCGACAACGAUGACUACCACAACAGUCACUGAUAUUCAAUCAUCAACCACCACCGGUAACAAUAAUAAAGAUAAAAAAUCCGGUAAAAUUAAAGAGAAAAAAUUGAAAAAUUUUUUCAAUAAACGUGUCAUUGAAUUGGAGAUGGAAUCCAAUAAUUCGAAUAAUGAUGAUAAUGGUGGUGGUGAAAAACGUGAAACCGAUGGCCAUUCAAUCAAUGACAAAUCAACCGUACUUCCUAUAUCAUUUAAGCGACAAAAUUCUAUUGAUCAUUCUGAACAACAACAACAACAACAACAACAAUCAUCAUCGAAUCCUUCAAGAUUUCAAAUAAUUAAUCAACAAUCUUUAAAUAGAAAUUAUGAACAACAACCACCACCA